GGGGACAUGGCGGCGUGUCGGGGGGUCUGCGCGCCGCCGGGGCAGCGUGGGACGCGGCCCGGCCCGGCACCUGCGUGCUCCGCCCUUCCCGUGGCUUCCUGGGUCCGGGGCAGGCCUGUGUUUCCUGCGGCGUUCGCGGGGGCUGAGGGGGCGGUGGCGGAGCGUCCCGCUGAGGCGCGCCGCCUCCCGGGUGCCCCUGGGCCUGGCUUGAGGUGCCGCGCAGGGCCUCAGGGAGGCUGCGAGGAGCUGUGCCCACCCCCCACCCCCCCCCACGCACUUGGUGUUGUGAACGACAGGGCGGGUGGGGGAGUAAAGGAGGGAGCCCCCAAUUCCGUUCCCCACAGCAACGAGCCGACUGGCUUUUUCCUCGUGUGGGACGGGGUGGGCAGAGGGGGGUUGAAAAUUAAAUCUUGCUCGGCAUCUCUGGGUGCUGGCUACGUGUGACAGCUCGCAGUGCUUACGUGCGUUCUUAGAUCAAAGCCCUGGUCCGGCGUCGCGUCCCCCCCGUCCCGUCCCCCCCCCCCCAGCAGCUCCCGACAGAGGCACGGGGAAAUCCGUAAGGAGGCGGUGAGCAGGGGUUGAUGCUCCCUCAAGGGCUCUCUUCUGAAGUCCGUCAAGCCUUUCCUGGGGCAAGGUGUACUGCACAGCAGGUCUGUGGAAAAAAAUACCUCUCUUUAGUUUCGAACCUGCCUCCUGCUAGUUCUGUUUGAAGUCUGACUCUUGUGUUUGAAGAGGCACUGGACAGUCUUCCUCAUCAGCCUUUCUUCCUGCCACAUCUGAAUUUAUAAGCUUUUAUCCUGCACCCCUCAACUAUGUUCCCCAGCCUGGAAGAUUGAAAACUGUUUAGUCUUUACUUAUUUGACAGCCAUUCCCGAUCUAUAGGUCAUCACCUUUCCCUGAACCUUUCUAAGCUACAUUUUGUAUCUUUUCUGAGAUUAAUGAGCACUGAAAGGACAUACACACAGAGCUGAAGCUGCAGGUUGUGUGGUUUUAAAAUUUCCAGGCUGCUUACAAUGGUUUUAUUCUUUUGACUGCUGUUUUUAACCAAGGAAUUGCCUGUCAUUGUGUGUUGUUCCUUUCCCUGAACUAAGCACAAUGAUAGUGGGUUUCUUGUAUUUGUCAUUUGAAUGCAUGUGUUGAGCCCACAUGCCUUACAGUUGCUCUGUGACAGAGCAGCUCUUCUGCAGUAACAUUUUGUACCAGGCCCUAUGAACUAGUCAGGGUCAAGUCUUAACUUCUCCUGUUAUGUGUUCCUUGACUUCCUAAAACAUUCAUUAACUGUGGUUAAAAGCACAGAUUUAGCAUCUUGCUUCUGCGUGACGUCUACUCUGUCUACACAGGGAGAAGUGAAAUCUCCUUGGUUUUAUUCUUGUUUUUCUGUUGGCCCUCAUUAUAUUGCAGGCAUUGUAAUAAACUUGACAUCCUGUUUAGAAGGAUAGUGGUUUCUAGCACAUUAGAAAUUUCAUACUAAAAUAAAAAAGUUGUAACCAUAGACAUUCUGCACUGUUGACAUAGUUGUCUUGUUAUUUUGUAUCAUGGGACUAGCUUCCCUUUGAUAACACAUUUAGGGAACUUUAUUGCGGUUCUGCCCUUUGUAUGCAGUGUUUUUGACCAAGAGAGGUUUUGGUUUUGACCACCUACUGGCUCAUGUUUCAUGGUAGCAUUCAGUCACAUUUUAAAAAUAAGGAAGAAACAAGUCCUGUUGCCAACAUGCUGUCAGAUCAGUGGUUGGUUUUCCAUGAAGAAGUAACUGUAAUUGUGAGAUCACCUCAAUCAUUCUGUGGGAUUCUGCUGUUGUCAUAAAAUACCCAUUUAACAUCCUAAAAAGAUACAUUCAUAAUGUUAAUACUGAAGUGACUUGUAGGGCUCAUAAAGUUUUCAAAUGCCUGUUUGAUUCUUUUCAGGAUUCCAUUUCUUUAAAAAAUUCUCAAGUAUGGGAUUUUUUUAGAUGCUAGUUUAUUAUGCUUCUGAAGAAAAAACUUUCCAAAUGUGAGCCAUAUAGGGUUUUUUUUGUGAUUAUCCCCCCCCCCCCCCCAGUAAUGUAGGCAUCCUAGGACAACAGCUCAGAGGCAUGAUAUGUCACAUAGUCUGAAAUGUUAAAACUGAACUUCGGUAAUUUUGGUUGCAAUAUGAACUAUUGUAGUACUAUUAGAUAUAUUAGAAAUAUCAAGGUAAAUUCUUUCAGGCCUUUUGUUGGAUUCUAAAAAGAAGUUCAUUAAUUCUAUUACAGGUUCUUUUUUUCAAAGGCUGGUAAUGUUGGGAAUAAGGCUUUGAAACUCCUACCCGUGAAACUGAAAGUUGCCUUUGUCUGGGCUUGAAAGUUAAAUCUAAAAAACAUAACAUUCUUCCAGCAUUACAACUUCAACUGAAUCUGAAAUAUCAAAAAAAGAUAUUUUUGAGGGAUUUUGUAUGAUAAAAGUGACAAAUAGCCUCUUACUCAAAUAGAACAAGUACCAAACUUUCUGAGGUAUUUUCUCCGAGUAUGUUUAAUACAGUGAAAAUGUAGUACUUCAGUAUUCAAAUUUCCUUGUUAUGGAUGGAAUAAACCUCACUGAUGGGGGGGUGUUCUCACUUUUCCUCUAUUUAAGUUGGUGUAAACAAACUAUUAAUUUUUUAGGAAGUCUCAUUUCAGACUGAAGUGUAUAUAAUCUUUCAAAAUACAGGCAAUAUAGAGGUGGGCAGAUACAAUUUGGGAAGAUAACUGUAUUUUAUUACCUACAGAGAAAAGUAAACAGAGAAUAAUUACAAAGAAUAAAAUCUGCAUCAGGGCUGAGCUACAAUAGGGACUUUAUGCUUUGCAGAAGGAAUUAAAGCAACAUCUGGAAACUUCCUGUACCUUUUAACCAUGCAAUCUUUCACCAGACAGUGUGAAGAUUUUCAGUAAGGAUCAGCAGAGCUUCUGUUGCAUUAAUGCUUCAUUAUUCCUACUGUGAAUUAAACACAGACUCAAGAGAAAACUGUUACUUCUAGUCCUUCUUUAAUUUGUAAGUAUAUAUGGAAAAAAUAAAAAUCAUUGUCCACAGUCAUGCACAUGUUCCCCCGUUAUGAAGUUUGGAUAAUUUGAACUAUGGAGAAAACCUAAGAAGUUAAGCUUGAGAAAAAGAAAUCUGACAGGGAAGAAUUAGAAGAUUAUCUCUAAAAAUGAACAGAUAUGAUGAUAUAAUAGAAUAAGAAUUUCAAAGAUGGGACUUAGAAGAGUCAAAGCUAAAUUCUGUGAGGAGCAUUUGUGAGUGAAUUCUAGGACUAAACAGCAAGUUCUCCCCAAGGAUAGGUAGGGGAACUUUAACAGGACAGGAUUUAGAGGUGGUGACACUUUCUUCACAUUUCAAACUGAUACAGUAGCCUUGGAAGGUAUGGCUGGGAAGGAUGUGACAGCAAUGAUACCAGUAACCUCAUUGGAAAUGCUAAACAUGUUAAUGAACAUGUUCUGAAAUGUAAUUAAUAGUAGUGUUACAGUCAUAUCUUGAGCACUAAUUGGAAUUUUGAGCACAGUAAAAUUGCAUUAUUAAAACAGAAGAAUCAGAAACUGCAGCUUAGUUUGUGGUACAUCCUUAUGUUACAUUUAUAAACUUACAUAAUAUGAUAAAAACCACUACGAAAAUAUUUUGCUUAUUUCAGUUCUUUACCAGCAGAUUUUAAAAACUAAAGGAAGAUGUCUUUUUUCCCCAAAAUCUCUUUCCAACAUGAAGUUGAAGAGUAUCUCACCAAAGUGUUCAGAAAUAAUGAGCUUAUCACUGCUUUAGGUACACAGAAGGCGGAGAGUAAAUAUCAAUCUCUGUUAAGUCAUCUAUCUCAUCCACCAGGUUUCACAACUGUUAGAGUUAAUACCCACUUGGCCUCAGUGAAACAUAUGAAAAAAUUGCUGUUUGAAGAGAUCCAGAAGCAAUUUAAAGGACUGUGUGUUCCAGUUCUUGAGCACCCGAAACUCCAGGACGUCUUAUUAAUUCCUGUCAUUGGACCCAGGCGAGAUUUAAAAAAACAUUCAUCUGAAGUCAUUGUUGGAGCCCACUGUGGAUAUGCAGUACUUCGAGGAGCACAUGUUUAUGUCCCUGGGAUCAUAUCUACCUCAAGAUUUAUGAAAGCUGGUGAUCUGGUCUCAGUGUAUUCAGAUAUUGAAGGGAAAUGUAAAAGAGGAGCCAAAGAAUUUGAAGGAGUCAAAGUUUUCCUUGGAAAUGGGAUUUCAGAACUGAGUCGCAGUGAAAUCUUUAGUUCAAGUGGCCCAUUGAAUGGGAUGGGCAUAAGAAUGAUAGAGCCAGUCUACCUUAGUCCUUCGUUUGACAAUGUGCUCCCUAGUCAUUUGUUUUUGCAGAACUUGCCUUCUGUGGUUGUGAGCCAUAUUUUAAACCCUCAGCCAGGAGAGAGAAUUUUGGAUAUGUGUGCUGCACCUGGAGGGAAAACAACCCAUCUUGCAACAUUAAUGCAUGACGAGGGUGAAGUAAUAGCCAUGGACAAGAUAGCUAACAAGGUCAAAAAAAUUAAGCAGAAUGCUGAAUUGCUACAGCUGAAUUGCAUUAAGGCCUUUUGCUAUGAUGGAACAAAGGCACUUUCAGCUGAGAAGAGAGAGGAUGAACAAGAAGGACCUCCAUUCUUACCAGAGUCAUUUGAUCGAAUUCUUCUUGAUGCUCCAUGUAGUGGGAUGGGACAGAGACCAAAUAUGGCUUAUUCCUUGACAUUAAAGGAGGUGACUUCUUAUCAGCCACUACAGCGCAAGCUUUUCACUGUGGCAGUGAAACUGCUGAAGCCAGGAGGUGUUUUAGUAUAUAGUACAUGUACGAUUACACUCUCUGAAAAUGAGGAGCAAGUUGCUUGGGCCCUGAAAACUUUUCCAUGCCUCCAGCUUCAGCCACAGCACUGAAAUCCUGCUUCUUUCCGAGGGAAAGAAAGGAAGAGAAGAAUCAGGCUGCAACCUCUUGGCUGUCCAGCUUUACAGCACACAGUACAUGCUUAAGCAACUAAGUCGCAUCAUGUGAUGACUGGGUGAGCUCAUGUAUUAGCAAAGUGUGAUGGCUCAAAAAAUUCUCUGCUGUAGGCUGCAUUAUAGACUACACUAGACUAGAUUUACAAAGGAGAUCUAUUUUUGAUAUUGCAAUGUCAGCUUUUGCACAUUUUGUUCUAUCUGCUUACUGAAUGAACUGAAAGAACAAUCCAGCUAAGAAUUAUUUUUUUUUUUCCAUGAAUCAGUAUAUUAAAUAGAAAGCAGUCAAGGCUACUCACAAGAAAUGCUGAGAAAAGGCCUGUGAUUUUAAGCCCUUCUCCUUUCCAGGAGUUUGAUGCCAAAUGUCUCCUGAAUUCAGAUACAUAAGCUGUUCCUUUCUUUCUUGCUUUCUUUGCCUCAUAUACAUACACAUGUAACAGUAGUCCCAUCUACCUGUUAGUCUAAUUACAUGACACAGAAAAACUGAAGCUCAGAUUUUUCUGCUGCAUCAUCUUCCAAAAUGAUGCCUUUUCAGGCAGCAACGUAUCCUGGACUGGGGCUUUCAGUCUUUCCGGUUGGAGUUUUUAAUGUGAAGAAUCCAGUUAUUUCUACUGCUGUUACUGAGUAUAUUAGUAACUGGCUAUGGAAUCCUUAUUUUUUUGACUUAACUCACAGCUAUUAGUCAGUACACAGAAGCACUGCAUCAUUUGAAAGUGGCAACCUAAAAAAACCUUUAGACCUUCUUAUUGUCUGGUGAUAACAGCUUUCGAUGUUUCAGUCCUUUGAGUAAUGAAUUGAUUUAGAGCUGUGUACCUGUCCUCAAUAAGUGCUCUAAACCACUAGGCUAAAGUGGAUUAGGUGCACCACAACCUCCUCAAAGUACUUUGGACCUUGUAUAUAGGCUUGUAUACAUAUUGGCCAGGUGAGGGCAAGAAAAGAAGGGCCACAUUACUUCUAAAUCCUCCUCUGGUGUGAAUGAUAAAAACCUAGCUUGUCCACGUUAACAGUUAGGCAGCUCUGCAUAUACUCAGCAGAAUACAUUUAGGGCACAUAAGAACUUGACUGAUGCAAUAAUUUUCUUUUCUUUGUUACUUAAAAAGGAACCUCACAUUGGAGGAGAAGGCAUGAGGGGAGCUGGACUAUCACUUGAUCAGUUGAAGCUGCUGCAGAGAUUUGAUCCAUCUGCUGUGACAUUGCAAGGAA